AUGGUGCCCACUCGAACCUCGGAGUUCGAUCCUUCGAGGGAGGGGUCCAAGAGUCGACGCCUGGACCUCAAGCGGGACACGUCCGCGGACCCAGCCGCGGCCAUGAGGGCGGGGCCCGCGGCCGCGCCUCCGCCGGUGGCCUGCCCCCGCGCGCCGCCCCCGCCGCCCGAGCAGGCCGGGGGCGCCGGGCCGCCGGGCCCGCCGCGGGAGGUGCGCUGCCGGCUGGAGUCCGUGCCAGACGUCCCCGGGGGGUGCGCCACCGUGGUCCCGCGCCUGGCUAGACAAGCCAUGACUGCUGCGGGCGAGGCUAACCCCCCAGCCACCGAGGCGGCAAUGCCUGACCGGGCCUUUCCCGCGGCGGCAAUGUUGCAUGAAGUGCUACGGGUGGCGGCGACCGAAUCCCCGCCAUGGCCGCGCGCCGAAGCCGCGUUAGCCGCCCGGCUCAGUGCCGUCCCCGCCCUAGCGGACAGAGCCGCGGUGGUGGAGCUCGCGGGUGAAUUGCACAUGCCGCCUGCCCAGUUUGUCGACGACAUCACGGUAGCUUGCCCAUCUAUAGGGGCGGUGCGCGCCGUCCUGUCUCCUGAGGACGAAUCCGCGUGCAGUAGGUACGCGCGCACUUUCAAGUCGUUUUUCUCCCGUGAGAAAUCCAAGACGUGCGUUCUUCCAGUCCUGGGUGCGCCCCCCCCCAGUCUCGCCGGCUGCCCAGAAGUAGACCGCAAGGUCCUCCUGGGAAUUUUGGUGGAUUCCGACCUGACGUUUUACCCCUUCCUCCGUGAAAUCGUCGCCGUCGGGCAUAGCUGCUUCUCCAAGCUGUUGUAUGCGGCAGAGUCUGGGGGCUUCUCCAUCCCAGUGGCUGCGGCGCAGGUCCCAGCCCGAGUUGAAUCUGUGGUUUUGUACGCUGCCCCGCUCCUGGCCGCCGUGCCCGGCGCGGAAUCAACCAUGAACAAGUUGCAGGUGACUUGGGGCCGUCGCCUUUUGGGGUGCCACAAGGGACCGCCGAUUCGCCAUGCCGUGGUCGUCGCCCAAUGUGGCUGGCCAAUGCGCCUGGGGACGAGAUUUUUAGAGAAGGCGCUGAUGGCACGAGCACGGCUCAUGGUCCUGCCGGGGGACCACCAAGGUGCCCUCAUGCUGCGGGCGGCUCGGUCUUUGGCCACCCCCACGUGGGAGUCGGCAGUGGUCGCUCUGGCCCAGCGCCUGGCCCCGCCCCCGCCGGACCUCGAGGGGCAUCCCUUAUUCCCCGCCGCCCUGCUGAACGAGGCGCGUGUGUCGUCCGCCGCUAGGAAAGCAAUCCUCAAGUCGUACCGGCUCGAGGUGCUGCGUCCGUCUCUCUUGCGGUAUGACCGCGCAGCAUACGCGAAGGCUGCCAUGCCAAUUUUGGCACCCUUUAAUCGCUCUUUUGCCGCUUUGUGCACCUUCCCAUCGCCACUGGACCUAGACUUGUUGGCCGGGGAGCCAGGGCCGUCCUUCUGGUCCCACUACCGCCUUUGGGCUGUGGCCCGAAUGACGGGCAAGUGGCCCCUGUCGGUCAUGGGGGGUGAGGAGCACCCCAUGCACCUGCGCCGGUGCAGAGCCUGCGGAAGCCACAGGGUUUCGGUGCGUCACGCGCUAAGUGCUUGCCCCGUGCUCGACCGGGAACGCCGGGAGCUUUUUCCAGGGGAUCCGGCGCCAGAUUUGCUGCUCCAGCUCUUGUUCGGCGACACAACGUGCUCCAUCACGCGUAUCCAACACGUGGGCUUUGCAGGUAGAGCCAUUCGCAGGUCGCUUGGCUCCCGGUGCCCAGCCCGCUGGCGCAGCGCCUGGUCCGCUGGUGUGCCCUCCGAGGACGAGCCCGCGGUGCAGCCCGUGGCGUCCGCGGCGUCCUGCGAGUCCGACGGGCUCGCCGCGGAGCCCGGGGGCCCGAGCUGGGAGCCGGAGGACUGGGCCCACGAGGUGCUCCUGGCGGCCGGCGGGGCCCAGGUGUGGCCGCCCGCCGCCGCCGCCCGCACGAACGCGGUGCGCACCGCCCGCUUCACGCUGCUCAGCUGGCUGCCCAAGUCGCUGCUGCUGCAGCUCCGGCGCGCUGCGAACGCGUGGGCGCUGCUCAUCGGCGUCCUGGCCGCGGCGCUGGGCGACGAUUCGCCGCAGGCGCCUGGCCUGAUCCUGACGAUCCUGUCCAUCAUACUGCUGUGGACCUCCGGGCGCGAGCUGAGCGACGACCUCGGCAGGCAGCGGGACGACCUGGCGUCGAACUCGUGGCCCACGCAGCGUCUCUCCACGGACCACGGGGGCGAUCCGCCGCAGUUCUGUGAGGUCGAGCGCCAGGACUGCCGGCUGGGGGACGUCCUGCUGCUGCGCGGCGGCCAGAUGGUGCCCGCAGACUUGUUGCUGGUGGCGUGCAGCGGCACCCAGGGCACCUGCUACGUGUCGACGUCGUCCCUGGACGGGGAGAGGCACCUCAAGCAGCGGACGGUGCCAGGGGCCCUCAGGAGCUGCGGGGCCAUGGCGGGAGGCACCGCGGAGGCGGCCGCUGCCUGCGUGCUGGAGGCGCGCGCGCUGGUCCGGCUUCAGGCCCCGUGCGUGGACCUCUCCACCGUCGGCUGCUCCAUCAUGGUGGGCGAUGCGGUGCAGCGGGUGGACUGCGGCAGCUUCCUGCUGCGGGGAAGCAGGGUGGACGCCACAGACUGGGCCGUGGGGGCCGUGUGCUACGUGGGCGGCCAGACGAAGGCCCGCCUCAACGCCAUCGCGGUCCAGUCGAAGGUGUCUUACAUGCAGCGGAAGCUGAACUAUUUCAUCGUUUGCACGCUCGUGGGCAUAGUCGCUCUGAGCACGGCCUGGUCCAUCUUAGAGCAGUUCGCCCUCGAGGAUACGUUCGACUUCGGCCAGAUGAUCGUACGACUUGCCCAGUAUUUGAUAAUCCUUUACCCUGUAGUGCCCCUGACGAUGUACGUCAAUUACGAGGUCCUGCAGCUGGCGCUGGUGAGGGGACUUCACAAAGACGAGGAGAUGCACGGGCUCCAGUCCCGCGAGCCCGUGGAGGUCCGGACGUCGGACCUCAUCGAGGAGCUCGGCCAGGUCGACUAUGUCUUCAGCGACAAGACUGGCACGCUCACGCAGAACGACAUGCGCUUCGCGGCGUGCUGCAUCGGGAGCGGGGCCCCGAUGACGGCGCUGGAGGCCCAGCUCGUUACCAAGGGCGGGGCCCUGGCCCUAGACGGCGUCGCGGCGGCAUUCUUCGAGACGCUCGCCACCUGCCACACGGUGCAGCUGAGCUCGGACGGGCACUACCAGGGCGAGUCCCCGGACGAGGUCGCUCUGGUGCAGGCCGCCGCCGACCUCGGCUUCGUGCUCUCCUCGCGCGAGGAGACGGGUACGGGCUCGCUGCUGCGGCUCCAGACGCCGGGCGGGGCCCGCUGCGCGCGGGUGGCGGAGGUGCUCGCCUUCACGUCCGAUCGACGGCGGAUGAGCGUGGUGUGCCCGGACCACGAGCGUGGCGGCGCCACGGUGCUCACGAAGGGCGCGGACAGCGCCGUGGAGCCGCUGCUCGCGAGGCCCCUGCCGACCGCGACCCGCCAGGCGCUGGAGGGCUUCGCGCGGCGCGGCCUGCGGACGCUGGUACUGGGCCGCGGCCGCGUGCCCGAGGCAACCUACGCGGGGUGGCGGCGCAGGUGGGCAAGGGCCGACGCCAGCAUGAGGGGGCGCGAGGCGAAGCUGGCGGCGCUGGCGCUCGCUGUGGAGGUCAACCUGGAGCUGGUCGGCGUGACAGCCGUGGAGGACCGCCUACAGGAAGGGGUUGGGGACACGCUGGUGGCGCUGCGUCGAGCUGGUAUCAGGGCGUGGGUCCUCACGGGGGACAAGGUGUCCACGGCGGUGGAGAUCUCCCACGCCUGCGGCCUGUUCGACGAGCGGACGUCCGUCGUCAGGAUCGUCGCGACCGCCUCCGCGGACCACACCACUCAGUUGCUCAGAGUGGCAUUGGCCAAUGCGCGCGCACUGCGCGCGUCCGACCAGCCGCUCAGCCUCGGACUGGUGCUGGACGGGCAAGCCGCGCAGCAUGCCAUGGAACACGGGGAGGUCCGCGAGCUGCUCUACCAGCUGGGCAGGCUCUGCAACGCCUGCGUCGCCUGCCGCAUGUCGCCCCGGCAGAAGGAGCAGCUCGUGCGCCUGGUGGCCCAGGAGUCCCGGAGCCGGGAGCGCCGCCAGUCGGUGGUGCUCGCGAUCGGCGACGGCGCGAACGACGUCCCGAUGAUCCAGGCCGCGGACGUUGGGGUGGGCCUCCGCGGCAGGGAGGGCACGCAGGCCGUCCAGGCCAGCGACGUGGCCGUCUCGGACUUCAGGUGCCUGCGGCGCCUGCUCCUCUGCCACGGCAGGGACUCGUACCGCAUACUCGCGCUCUUCAUCUGCUGGUUCCUGUACAAGAACCUGCUGUUGGCAUGGGCCACCAUCCUCUACGCGCCUGGGAGCUCCUACCAGGGAGCCCCUGCAUAUCCACCAUCCCUCGUCAACUGCCCAAUAUGGACGUUCAUAGUUCUACCAGUCUUUGCAACAGACAAAGACGAUGACUACUGCACCUCCCUUGAGCACCCCGAGUUGUACAAGCUCGGCACGCAGCGUACGUAUUUCAACUUCUGGGUUGUCACAGGGUGGAUGCUUCUUGCAAGCCUGCAUGGCAUCAUUGCAUGGGUUGUGCCCAUGUACAGCUUGACAGACGAGGAGGACCGCCAACAGCAGAGCCCAGCCUUUUGGAAGGCUAGCCUGACUGCCUUCACAGUGCAGCUCACGAUGGCUAACCUUACGCUUCUGAUGUCCUUGGCGAAGCCAGUACGGAAAUCGGCGCUGGCGCCUGUUGCUGGUGCGAUGAUUGCGUACGUCAUAUUUCUCUUCCUGGUAAGCUACCCGCUGCGGUUCAUUGACCGCUCCGUUGCCGGUUUAGCGCCCGAUGUGUUCGUUUCUUGGCGGCAUUUGUUGUGCAUGUUGCUGCUGCCCCCGGUGGUGAUUCUUAUGGACCUCGCGGCCGUGGGACUCAAGGCGAUGGCGUCACGGGCAUACCAAGAACGAGGCGAGCUGCCAUCCGCAAAGAGCUGUGGUGCACAGUGUUUCGAAGCUUUCAUGCGCCUUCGUAGCGUACGGCUCGAAGUGCAGACCGACAGCCAGACCGUCAGCUCUCCAUAAAAGAAUGGGGGGUGCAUAUCAGGAUUUGCC